CGCACGCCGGCAUCAGGCCGUACAACUGUGACGUCUGCGGCGAGGAUUUUACUCAACGUUCCAGCCUCUUCCGGCAUAGAAGGAAUCAUCCCGGUCCCUUACCGCCUUACACGUCUCAGAGGAAAGCCUAUCAUCAGAAAAGCCCUCAUCAUGAAGAAAGGGGAACCUCUCCGAAAAGGACCUCUCCGUUUUGUCUCCAUUUUGUUGGGCUCAUGGAAAUCGAUUGAAAAUAAUUCUACAAAGACGAAAAGCGGAGGAGUUAAUUCUACAACAGUUCAGUGUCAAAAUGUGAAUAGAUUGAUUAAUGUAGAUUCGUCAUUAAAUACGCCGAGAGUAAUCGUAAAAGCCGUGAAAGGUAGUGAUGCUUCGAGCGAUACGGAACCUGCGUCGAACAUGGGACCAUCACAAGGCGCGGACUCGUCGAGUUCGCGCAAGGAAUCGACCGAGGUGGACGAGGUUCUGGAAAAUAUAAGGAAUACGUGCCCAUUUUGUGAGAAACAAUUCGACAAUGCAAGGAAAGUCGAGCGGCACGUCAGAUACGUGCACCGCAAACCUUUCCAAUGCGACAAGUGUAAGAGAACUUGCUACACGCUGAGAGCCUUGGAGGAGCACAAGAGGAUACACCGGCCGGACUACUUCUUCGAGUGCAAGAUCUGCCACGUGAAAUACAAAAGCGGAGACGGACUGAAGAGACAUUACAUCCGCAUGCACAGCGACCACGAGUCGCGAUUCAUCUGCGAGCAUUGCGGUCGCAGCUACAAGCUGAAGAUCGAUUUGACACACCAUAUGAAGAGAACCCACGUGUCGCAGUUGCAAAUCUGCCGCUUUUGCGGCAAGGAAGUGAAGGAUGUGAAGGGCCAUGAGUGGCGGCAUCAGAAGCGCAACCGCGAGAUCAAGUACGAAUAUCCGUGUCACUUGUGCCGGAAAAAGUUCCAUCACAGGAGCAGACUAGACAAUCACCUGAUGUUGCACAAGAAAGGCUUCAAGUGUGAGGAGUGCGGCAAAGAGUACAGCGGCACGCGUGAACUCAUGAGCCACAAACGUUUCAAGCACGGUCAGACAAAUAUCUCCACGUGCGUGCUGUGCCAAAAAACGUUCACGUCCAUCAGCAAUUUCUACCAGCAUGUGCUCACGCACGCCGGUAUACGGCCAUACAAGUGUGAUAUCUGCGAGGAGGAUUUUACGCAACGCUCUAGUCUGUUGAGACACAGGAGACAUCAUCCUGGACCGUUGCCGCCGAUAACGACGCCGCAUCCCCAGAUAGCCGAGCUUGCCAGAAGUUACCUGCAGAAAAUACAAAGCGAUCACAUUGAAAAUUCUAUGUUGGACGCGCGAUCGUGAUCGAUCAUUGACGAAGGCUUGUAAAACUUACAAUUAAAAGUAACAAAAUAUGAUAUAUUUGAGUAAAACCAGUAGGAAUACCUGAUGCAUCAUUAUUAAUAGAUUUUAUACGAUUUUUCAGUUAUAUUUUACUUGAUAGUACAUUUCAUUUAUCGGAUUCCAAUUUUUGUGCCUUUCUGGAAAAAAGCUGGAUAUAUUCAUAUAUUUCUAUAGAAAAUAUAUCUAUUUUUUAUG